AUGGAUUUCCUUCACAGGGAUGGAGUGCUUAUUAUUCAGCAUUUACAGAAGGAUUACAGAGCCUACUACAACUUUCUAAAUUUUAUGUCCAAUGUUGGAGACCCUCGGAAUAUUUUCUCUAUUUACUUUCCUCUUUGGUUUCAACUAAAUCAGACAGUUGGAACCAAAAUGAUAUGGGUAGCAGUCAUUGGGGAUUGGUUCAAUCUUAUUUUUAAAUGGAUAUUAUUUGGUCAUCGACCUUACUGGUGGGUCCAAGAAACUCAGAUUUACCCAAAUUAUUCAAGUCCAUGCCUUGAACAGUUCCCUGCAACAUGUGAAACAGGUCCAGGAAGUCCAUCAGGCCAUGCAAUGGGUUCUUCCUGUGUCUGGUAUGUCAUGGUAACCGCUGCCUUGAGUCCCUCUGUCUUCCGAAUGGAAAAGUGGUCUACCACUCUGCACAGAUUGACCCGGUCACUUCUUUGGAGUCUUUUUUGGUUGAUUCAAAUCAGUGUCUGUAUUUCCAGAGUAUUCAUUGCAACGCAUUUUCCUCAUCAAGUUAUUCUUGGAGUAAUUGGUGGCAUGCUUGUGGCAGAGGCCUUUGAGUACACACCAGAUAUUCAAACUGCUAGCCUGGGCACAUACCUGAAGACCAACCUCUUUCUCUUCCUGUUUACACUCUGCUUUUACUUGAUCCUCAGAGUGCUUGACAUUGACCUGCUGUGGUCUGUACCCAUAGCCAAAAAGUGGUGUGCCAAUCCUGACUGGAUCCACAUUGAUACCACGCCUUUUGCUGGACUUGUGAGAAACCUUGGGGUACUUGUUGGAUUGGGCCUUGCAAUAAACUCUGAUAUGUUCCUCAGGAGCUGCCGUGGGGAAAACGGCUACAAGCUGAACUUCCGGCUGCUCUGCAUAGUGGCCUCCUUGAUCAUUCUGCAGCUCUACCAUUUCAUCAAGAUCCCCACUCAUUCAGAACAUUUAUUUUAUGUGUUGUCUUUCUGUAAAAGUGCAUCCAUCCCACUAACUGUGGUUGCUCUGAUUCCCUACUGUAUUCAUAUGUUAAUUAAACGAAAUGGAAAGAUUGAUUAG